ACACACAUACACAUAAUGCUCCAUUUUACUUUAUUUUUCCUCCUUUAGAAUUAAAUACAAGCAGCCAGGUGUGAGUAACAGCCGGUCAGACGUUACCACAGUGACCCCAUGGUUAGCUCGAAUCGUGUGGGAAGGAACGUUUGAUCUGUCUGUGAUUGACGCCAUUUAUUUACAAAAGAAUAUCACCGUGGCAACCACAGUCUUUGCACUGGGGAAGUAUGUCCGUUUCCUGAAGGAUUGUCUAGAAUCGGCAGAGCAGCACUUCAUGGUUGGUUACCAAGUUCAUUAUUACCUCUUUACAGAUCGCCCGGAUGAGGUUCCUAUGAUAACGCUGCGACUGGGGCAUCAGUUGACCAAGAUAAAAACACAAAGCUCAGACCGUUGGCAGGAAAUUACACUGCGCAGGAUGGAGAUGAUUGAAAGGCUCAUUGAGGAACGUCUUGUCAUUGAGGCUGACUACAUAUUCAGCCUUGAUGUUGACACUAAAUUCUAUGGGCACUGGGGGGCAGAGACUUUGGCUGAUAUAGUUGCUGUUCUGCACCCUGGGUAUUUUAGAAACCCACGGACAGCAUUCCCAUAUGAGAGACGUCCUGAAUCUGCGGCCUUCAUACCACCAGAGGAGGGAGAUUACUACUACGGAGGAGCCGUGAUCGGAGGACGCAUUGGAAAUGUACUCAAGCUCACAAAAACGUGUCGCUCACAGCUGGAUGUUGACCGAGCCAAUAAGAUUGAAGCGGCAUGGCAGGAGGAGUCUCACCUGAACAAGUACUUCCUGUACAACAAACCCAGCAAAGUGCUCUCACCUGAGUACCUGUGGCAGGACUUCAAAGAGAAAACCAGCAACAUGAAUGUGAUACGCUUCUCACAGGUGAUCAAGAACUACGCUGAGGUUCGACCCAAUCCAUAACAUGCCCCACAAGCUCAACCAGGUCAUCUCACAAUGAAACAAUCUUCUCAUCUUGUGG